GGCGGCUCUCUCUCCCUCACUGCACCAUCAAUUCAUAACCCUAGCCUAGGGCACCUCCCACAAAUAUUUCCAUAGUUCUCACAGGAACUUUAUUUGGAAAAAAAAAAUCAGCUCUAUUUCCAAUUUUUCAAAAAAUGGCUGGUUCCUUCUCCAACGUCAAAACCGUCUCUUCCUUCAUCGGCAACCAAAUCUCCGCCUCUCUUGCCAGGAGGGGAUACUCUGCUGCGUCGCAGGGGGUGGGGAGCAGCGGCGGGCGGGUUGUCGGGGCUCCGAAUGUGAUGCUGAAGAAGGGAUCGGAGAGUGCAUGGGUGCCCGACCCGGUUACCGGAUACUACAGACCCGAAUCUAAUGCGAAGGAGCAUGACCCGGCGGAGCUGAGGAAGAUGCUCAUCAGGAGCAACAACAAAGCUAAAUGAACUACGCCGGCCAUGGAAACGGCGUCAUCUCGUUCGGCCAGUUGCUCAACCCGGACCGUUUCGCCCGCUAGGAACAUGAUACAUGAAGAAUAGUGGAAUUUUUUUUGCAAACUUCUAGUUGACUAAAUUUAAGCAGAAUUGGUCUGCUCAUAUUGUUCAUCGUUUCUUGCUAUUAUUAUUACUGUGCUUUAAAUGCUCA